AUGUGUUAUGUGGGCAAAGCAACUAAGAUCUUCAUCUUCAUUGUCACCGUUUUGGUGGUUCUUGGCCUUGUUCUUGGCUUUGGAUUUUUGCGCCACGGCCUCCAGAAAUCCCAUAAGUGCUCCGGAAACUCCUGUUUUUCCCCUCCAGACGUCUUCCCGGACCCCAAUUCCGCCCCUCCCGGCGGCGCCGCUCCAAUCUCCGCCUCCAACCAGCCGGGAAAUUCACCAACGCCAACCGAUUCGAAUCCGAACCCACCUCCGCAAAAUCCGAUUCCGGCUACUCCGCCUCCGCCUGACGCCGUUACGGCUUCUCCACCUCCGCCUGAUACCAUCGUUAAUCCCUUACCGCCGCCGCCGCCGCCGCCGCCACAGGGAUAUCAGUCUCCACCUCCGCCAGUAACCGAAGCGCCGCCGCCGUUUACCCCGCCUAGUACGACGCCGGUGACUCCGGGUCCGAUGCAUUCUCAGCUACGGUCCUCGAUUCGUAAGAGGGAUGAGAAUUUCUGA